UAAAUCAAACUUGGAAAAUCCAUCUCUAUCUUGGUAUUUUCAUUGUAAUCUUCCAUUCAACAGCUAUUAGCAAAAAGAUACCAAAUAAAUAUUUAUACUUUUCAAGAACCAAAUCAAGAAAUUUCCAUCCAUGAUGGAUUCUUCUUCUUCUUCAGCCAGCGAAUCUACAACUCCAAACAUGAAGCACGAGAAACCAACACUCAGAAAAAAUCGAAGUUUCGCCUUUAGGAUUCAUGAACAUGUAAAACUAGGUCAUAAACUAUCGGAAACUUUGAAGGGUAAAUUGAGUUUGGGUGCGAGGAUAAUACUAGAAGGUGGGAGAAGGAACAUUUUCAAGAACAUUUUUGGUAUGGAAGAAGGAGAGAAAGUUUUGAAAGCUUCACAAUGCUAUUUAUACACUACAGCUGGUCCUAUUGCCGGAGUUCUCUAUAUCUCUACCAAAAAAGUUGCAUUUUGUAGUGAAAGACCAAUAACUUUCUCUUCUUCAACAACAGGAGAAUUGCGAAAAGUACCGUACAAGGUUUUGAUACCGGUUGAGAAGAUAAAAGAAGUUAAUGAAGGACUAAAUGUGUUUGAAAAGAAACAAAAGUAUAUAGAAAUUGUUACUCAAGAGGAUUUUGAAUUUUGGUUUAUGGGAUUUUUACAAUAUGAGAAAGCUUUUAGGAAUCUUAAGAAGGCUAUAUCUAUGUCUAUUUAGAAAACUAGAAGUAUAUAAGAAUUGUUAGAAUUAGUUGAAUAUUUUUUAUGGUAGUUACAAGUUAGUUGGAAUUAGUUGCUAGUUUGUUAUGUUAGUUAUUUUAACAUUAUUUUAUAAAUUGAUCAUGCAAUUAUGGUUAUCAUCAACAUUAGUGACAGAUAGACAAUAAAAUGGAAACAUAGAUUAUAUAAUGUUUGUAUAGAAAAUAUUUUUGCCAUCAACAACUGGAAUAUUUUGGGAUUUUCUAAUGCAUAGUUUACACAAACUAAAGUAUAAACAUAUGGCAGAAAAAAUGCAAAACAUUGCGCGCUACAAUCUUUUUCUAUCAAGAACUUGGUGGGUUUAAAGGAAUAGAAAUUCUAAAUACAUCACCCAUGAACUGAUUCCCUAUAUCUCUGUACCUUGGUUGCUUACAAUAUGAGAAACAAUUUCUGUUGUUGCUUAAACAACCCCCACUAUGGUUACACUGAUGAGAGACUCAUCAAAUUGAACCCCUAAACCUCAAUUGGGUUAUCAUAAAUACUGAUGUAAGUUUCCUAAGGAUCCAUACUCGGAUUGGUUCUGGCUUAAUCAUUUGCAGCUCCUCUUAUGCUUGGCAGAGAGGAUUUUUAGGUUAUAUCUUGUGGUUAUAUGUGGUGUGCAGGUAAAAAUCUUCUAUUGGUUUUGUUGAUGACCCCUGAAAAUGAAAGAAAAUAUAUAAAGUCUUAUAAGUCAAAGAUAGCAAGCACAAAUUCAAGUGUUAAAGUUUCAUAUGAAAAAGCAAAUAAAAGUUGAAUCAAAGGAACUUGUUGAAUCAAAAUAAUCUGAAGUUAAGAUCUAGUUGAAAGUGUUUAGAAAAUUUUA